AUUGACCAAGGCUUAAAUGUACGCUAUAGGCAUGGUUACUGCUUAAUCUCAUUGAAGUGGUUAUAUUUUCUCAAGUCAACUGACUCCAUCCUUUUUUGAAUGGUUUAUUUUUAGACCUCCCAGCUUCCCAAGUCUUCUUCACUGCUUUGGCAAAUAAUUAAGCAUUGCCCUGACAUAGCUAGACAGAAGUGUGUAAUCACUGCCAGGCUGGUUUUGACCAGGGACCAUUUUUUUUACUUUUAAACCAUUUCAUAUAGUAUCUACAGUGUCCCUUUUAAUGAAUAAGUCUGACUACCUCCGAAAAGGAGUCAAAAAUAGUUGGUUCCUGUAUCAAUGUAGUUUCUCUGGUUCAAGCAUUGAGCCUGACACAUCCACCACUGCUAUUCACUGUGGCCAAGUAGAACAGAAAGUAGCCAGAGUAACCUCUUUUUUAGUCUUUUCCUAGUGACACAGCUGUUCUUACUGAUAUCAUUUUGUUCUUGGGUAAUGAUGGGUACAGACAGCCAUGGACAGCUAUGUUUUACUCUGUGACAAUAGUGUGGAUUGCUCAAUGUCCCAAUUGCAGUCUAUCUUUUCUUUAUUUCACUUUAUGUGGUGUUUUCACGACAACACUAGACACGAUGAAUGUGAAAAACGUUUCAAAUUUAUUUUUUUUAUCUGUGCCUCCCAUGUUAAGAAUGUCAUAGGUUUCUUACCACUUGCAGCUCAGUAAUUGGUAGUCAAGCAAACCCUUUUACUGUGGUUUAUGAUGUAUUUUCCUUUGCAGCAUUUGACAUGGUUUAUGAUCCUAUGCUUGCCAUGGAAACGCUCAUAUCCCUGGGGUUUGAAAGGGUACUAACCAGUGGAUGUGACAGCUCAGCCCUGGAAGGUCUCCCUCUCAUCAAAAGGCUUGUGGAACAGGUAACAAUGGAAGUUAAUGCUAUGAUUAAACAGAAGGAAACUAUACAUUCUCAAUUAAGUGCAUAUAACCUCAUGAUUACAAUUGUGGGGGAAAUAAAUUCAAAUAAAAAUGAAGUGAAGAGGUUUAUUUUCUAAGCAGGUAAUUGAAACAUAGGUUUAAAAUGUAGCACAAUUACCAUCUAUUUUAUUUCCUCCUGCAUUUUGCACAUUACAUUGAAUGCAACACCAUGCUCAACACUGUUCUUUACUGAUUAGUGGAUAAACCCAGGUAAAUACUGUAAAAAUAGUGCUCGGGUAACACUUAACAGUAGAAACUCAUUAUAAAGUGAUCUUGUGAAUACAAGGCAGGAAAAGAGAGGCACGUACUUCUGGGUAAUAAAUAUACAAAAAUAAUUACCACAUCUCAAUGAAGGGAGGCUGAAAAAAGUAUAAAAAAAAGCAGCUAGUCUCUAUUGACUUUGUGCGUCUACACCAGGCUUCCCCAAACUCUGGCCCUCCAGAUGUUGCUGAACUACAGCUCCCAUGAUUCUCAGCCUAUCUAUUUCAUUCAUAGAAUCAUGGGCGUUGUAGUUCAGCAACAUCUGGAGGGCCGGAGCUUGGGGAAGCCUGGUGUACACUGACGCUUCCUCGGCAUCUAGUGGAUAAUCCUCUUAAUUCAGUCUAUCCAGCCUCUCCUUCAGAUUUACUCUGAGUGUAUACAUGAUUACAGUGUAAUAUAUGUUCAACACCAAUCUCCAUUUAAGGCCUUGGAAUGCUCGUGACAUGUAUGAUAUGCCGAGCCUAAAUUUGUAUGUAUAUCAAUUUUACUUUCUGCUUACUAUGUAUUUUCCCCUUCUCCUCUAUAAUUUUAGAAGUAUGUUACUUAGAUUAAAGUUUGGCAGUCUGAAAUAAAGUGCCUGUAUUCACACGGUUUAAGGGUGUACACAUUGGUAUCCAUAAAAUAAUACUUCUUAUCCUUUCAGGCAAAAGGAAGAAUCCUAGUAAUGCCAGGUAACAAAACCUCCUUUUUUUUAUUUUUUUUAUUUAAUGAAAGGCUGUUCUAUGUAAAAAAAAUAAAGUGUCCUUAUGUGUACUGCUUAGUGCGUCUGUUUGCAGUUGCAGACCGUCCUCUCCAACAAGCAGUGGUGUAAUAAAAGGGCCUACUCAUGUGAUAGGUAGCAGGGGGGGCACAGUGGGGAUGCCGUACGGCAUCACUCUGCACUGACUUCCCACCUCCCUUGCAUGCACCCAGUACUGUUGCUGGAGCAGGAUAUGACAUCAUCCCAGCACAGACAACAUUACAGAGAUGUAGGGAGUUGGAACAUCAGGGACUGAUCCCAGGGCAAACAAAUGGACACCAGGGAAGAGGUAACACUCCAUCUCUCCCUGUCAAGGUAAGUGUAAGUACAUGUGAAUGUUUGUUUAUGCGUGUAUAUGGAUGUUCGUUGGUGCGUGUACUUUCCAUAGCAAAAGGAGUUUUGGAGUUGGGCAACCAAGAGCAGCAGGGUUAUAUGACGUAUGUAGCAUAUACCCAAAUAAUCAUCACUAUCAGUAAAGCCAUGGUAUGGCAAUUUAAAAAAAAAAAAAAAAUCAUCUCCGGGUAAGUGAGAGCCUAUUCUGCACAAUAGGUACAAAUAUGGCAUAAGUAGCUUGGUACUGUUCCAGGCUGAAUUUUUAACUACCCUAGAGUGCUCCUUUUUUUUUUUUUUUUUUUUUCCCCGUUGUUGUUUAGUUUUCUUAAGUACAUGUGCUUGUGCUACCUCACUGCAGGCGGUGGUAUCACAGAAAGGAAUCUGCAGAGGAUACUUGAGGGUGCGGGUGUUCAGGAGUUCCAUUGCUCUGCCCGAUCUACUAAAGACUCCAUUAUGAAGUACAGGUAGAGCACCCAACAUAUCACAAGUUAAAUAUAAAACCCUCUAAAUACAAAAUGAAGAAUCCUGCAGUAUCUUUUUGUAUCUUUUUGUUACUGCUUAUUCCUAUUCUUGUAGAAUGUGCAUUUAAUAUGUUUUUUGGGAGGGGGGUUUUAUGCAGCAGGUUAACUUAUUUAUAAAUAUCGUCCACUACAAUUACAAUUUAACAUAAUGUUGCGAGAAACAAAACGGAACCAUCUAUAUUCCCUCAAUUAGUUAAAAUGCAAGCUUACACUUACAUGGUGUCUGUGAAUGGUAAAAUAUAUAAAAGUAAGCAUAAACAAUGUGGUAGAGUGCUUUUAAGGUUACAUAUAUGCUCAUUUCCAGGAAUAACUCUGUCUCCAUGGGAGCUACUCUUUCUACCUCUGAGUAUGCCAUCAAGGUUACAGAUGUGGCAAAAGUCAGGACAUUGAAUGCUAUGGCAAAAAAUCUCCUAUGAAAGGACCGCACCAUAUUACCAAUUGAACAGGGCUGGUGGCAAUGCUUGCAUCAACACAAUAACAUCAGCAAUUCUCCUCCUUUUUGGAUGAGGUCGUUGUAUGAGCCAGUACCGCAUGGCUGGAUUUGUUUUUUUGGGUUUUUUUUCGUGUACAUGUUUUGAAGAAGGAAAAAAUUAAAAACAUCUGAGGAUACUGCAAAUACACCGUAAAACCGAUCACGGUUGAAGACCUGAGUGCUGCCCACAUUCACUAUUGUGCACAAUCCUUUGUGUUGCAAAGCUACCCAUAAAGACCUCCUAGUUUUUUUUUCCUGAUAUAUUGCAGAUAAUGUAUGAAGAGCACUACUGUGGCAUUUUCCCGUGGAAGCCAACUACCUAUAGCUGGUUGCUGCCCUUCAGCAUUACACCACAACAGCUCUUCAUGUAUAACCACUAUAAAUUGCAAAUUAGCUAUUUUACUCUUGAUUCCCUUUAGUUUAGUAAUGUUUAAUCACCAAUCCUCUGUGACAUGCAGGAGUUCAGUUGAAUUUCCGUUUCCAAAUUACCUAUUCCCACCACUUCCCUUUUAAUCAUGAUAAAAUGGAAAUCUCAAAAUCCUCAGUCAAGUAAGAUUUGCAUGAUGGUCCUUUUUUAUUUUUGUGUACGUUUUAAGGUAUGCUCUGUUUACAGACUCAAAAUUCCCUUUUUCGCCUUUUCAAUAAAAUUGCUAAGAUCAGGUUACCUUUUAAUUUUUUUGUGAUUUUUAUUUUUUUUUUGUUAAUAAAGA